UAAAUCUCGCUCAGAUUUUAUUGUUUCCAUAAGCCAAAAUUUAACUAAGACAAAUCUCACUUUUUCAUUUCAAGAGAAGAGCAAAGCCAAAAAAAAAUCAUGAAGAGAACAAGAGACGACGACAACCCUUCUCACUUUCUCCAUGAAUAUGAUGAAGAUGAUGAAGAAGAUUCUUCCUCUGGAGGGUUUCAGCCGCCGUCACCACCGCCUCAGCAAGUGAAACACUUUUGUGUGAUCUGCAGUAAACAGUUCAGCUCCGGGAAGGCUUACGGUGGCCAUGUGAGAAUCCACUCGAGCGAGUACAGCAACAAAGGAAAGACAAAGAAGAUGAGAAUGAAGAAGAAGAGAAAGAUUGGUUUGGUGAACAAGGAGAAAGAGAAAGAAAAAGAGAUAGAUCUGAUUAGGGCUGACUUUGAAGGUAAGAUAAGAUGUUGUCUAUGUGGAAAAGAGUUUCAAACAAGGCACUCUUUGUUUGGACAUAUGAGGAGACACCCUGAACGGAGCUGGAAAGGGGUACGGCCUCCUCCACCGGAAAAGCUCAAUCUUAGCUUUUUGGAUGAUGAUGCUGAUGAGAAUGAUGGUGAUGAUGUGAUGAGUAGAUCCAUAAUGAUGAGUGGUGUAACUCGGGAUGUCCAUGACGCUGCCUGCUGUCUAAUGAUGCUCAAGUCGGGCAAGAGAAAAGCAAACUCCGAGGUAAGAAGUUUUAGUUAUUGUAAUGACGAAAUGGAUGUUAAAGGUUCGACUGUAGACAUGAAGAUAAAGGUGGAAAUCGAGGUGAAUGCGAACAAUCCUCAAACUGACCCUAAGAAAAAAUCUUUAGGGUUUGAUCUGAACCAGCCUUGUCAUGAGUCGUAGUAAAGGCUAGCUGGUUUGGUUUGGUUAUUAAUUUC